AUGAUAACACGGAGAUGGUUCCAUCCUUCCCUAAAUGGUGUAGAUGCAGAGAAGUUACUUUUAGAAAGAGGUCGGGACGGUUACUUUUUAGCUAGACCAAGUAUGAGCAAUAAGGGAGAUUUUACUUUAUCUGUAAGAAGAGGCAGUGAAGUAACCCAUAUAAAAAUCCAAAAUAAUGGGGAAUUCCUUGAUCUCUAUGGGGGUGAAAAGUUUGCAACUUUAUCGGAGCUGGUUCAAUAUUACAUGGACAAUCAAGGUCAGUUACGUGAGAAAAGUGGCAGCAUUAUAAGGUUAAAAACCCCAUUAAAUUGUGCAGAUCCCACCACAGAAAGGUGGUAUCAUGGACAGUUGACUGCUAAGGAAGCUGAAAGAAUGAUGUUAGAGAAUGGCAGAAGUGGUUCUUUUCUUGUUAGGGAAUCACAAAGGCAACCUGGAGACUUUGUCCUUUCAGUUCGCACAAGAGAUCGGGUGACCCAUGUCAUUAUUAGACGGAAGGACAAUAAAUAUGAUGUUGGAGGUGGUAAACAGUUUGAUGAUCUUGUCAGCCUGAUAGAACAUUACCGCAACUAUCCCAUGGUUGAGACCACAGGGGAUGUCCUCAGACUCAUUCAACCCUUUAAUGCUACUCGUAUACAAGUACAACACUUCCACACGCGUGUUAAGCAAUUACAAAAAGAAAAUGAGGGUCCAAUAGAGAGCAUGGCAUAUAAGCAAGGAUUCUGGGAAGAAUUUGAAACACUACAAAUGAUGGAAAAUUUGCAGUUAUUUGACAGAAUGGAAGGUUCAAAACCUGAGAAUAUAAGGAAGAAUAGGUACAAAAAUAUUAUUCCAUUUGAUCACACAAGAGUGAUUUUGAAAGACAUCCCUCCUGACGCACCACCUGGUUCUGACUAUAUCAAUGCCAACUACAUACGAUCCGACUUUAUUGAUACAAAUGCUGAACAAGAUACUAAUGGUACAUAUGAGAACACUUCUCAUACCACAGCUAAACAUAAAGAUAAGACAUCUCCGAUUCACACACCAGUUAUAAUAACUGAAGAAACACCUUCAGAGACUGGCAAGACAAAUGGUUCAUUCAAACCACAGAAUUUGGAUGCUAUCUUUCGCCCACCAAGUUAUGUGGAUGCAAUGGCAGUGGGACAUAAAAAAAUUCAGAAAAAUGUUGUUAAUGGUGAUCCAGAAAAUGUAUACAGUAAAUUGUACAUUGCUACGCAAGGAUGUUUAUCAACAACUAUUUACCAAUUUUGGUCCAUGAUUUGGCAGGAGGAUGUACGCAUUAUCAUAAUGACUACAAAAGAGAUUGAGCGUGGUAAAGUGAAGUGCGAGCGAUACUGGCCUGAAUUAAAUAAAACAGAAGUAAUAAAAAAAUAUACAAUUUAUAAUGAAUCUGAGUCCUCAACACAAGAUUAUACUUUGAGACGUUUUCUUGUCACUAAAAAAGAUGAACCUGAAGGAAAAAGAACUAUUUAUCAUUUUCAUUUUACUGCAUGGCCUGACCAUGGUGUGCCUUCAGAACCAGGGCGAGUUCUCAAUAUCUUACUGGACGUGAACUUUAGACUCCAGCAAAUAAUGACAGGGCCGGAACCACCUGAACAGGCUGUCGUCUGCGUCCACUGCUCCGCUGGAAUAGGCCGCACUGGUACUUUUAUAGUCAUUGACAUGAUUUUGGACCAAAUAAGAAAGGAAGGGUUUGACUGUGAAAUCGAUGUGCAUCGCACUGUUCAAAUGGUCAGAGACCAACGUUCCGGUAUGGUACAGAACGAAGCUCAGUACAAAUUUAUUUAUAUGGCCUUGUUAGAAUUUAUAGAAACAGAGAAGCAACGAGUCGGUUUAGUAGUGCCUGAACCAGCACCUGAGUCGCCGCGUAUUUGA